AUUAAUAAAUAAAUAAAUUAAAGCUCUCACCUAAAUCUCUUUAAACCUCCGCAUGGUACUCUCUGAAAAUAUAAGCACACGCAAUUAGAACAAAAUAAUAUUAGGUUAAAGAAAAAAUUUGGAUUUGUUUGAGAGAGUUCGAUAGAGGGAUUGUUAUGGCGCAGAACGGCGGAGGAAGUGGAGGCGGCGGGGGGCCGGACUUCCAUCUGUCGGACGAGAUACUGGCGGUGAUACCGACGGAUCCAUACGACCAGCUGGAUCUGGCGCGUAAGAUCACGUCGAUGGCAAUCGCGUCGCGCGUGUCAAAGUUAGAGGCGGAGAUGGGGAGGAUGAGGCAGAAGUUGUACGAGAAGGAUCGUUUGAUAUACGAGCUUGAAGAGAGGCUCUCGCACGGGCAAAAAGUGUCGCAGGAGGCUGAGUCCAAAAUGAAGAUUAUACUUGCUGACAAUACAAAGCUUUCAAAGGAACGAGAUGCAUUGGCAAUGACUGUGAAGAAUCUCAGCCGUGAUUUGGGAAAGUUGGAGACAUUUAAGAGACAACUAAUGCAGUCACUGAAUGAGGAUAAUUCUUCGCAAGCUGAAACUGUUGAUAUUGGGACCUGUGACCAGUCGGUUCCAAGAGCCUAUCCUGACAAGGAUGAGGGGACCUAUGGCUAUAUGGGGCAACGUUCCUUCAGUGGCUCAACAGAUACGGGAAAUACAGUUGAUGAAGUGGCUUCUCGGAGUACUGCUCAAAGAUUUUCUCUGACUCCAUAUAUCACACCACGACUCACUCCAUCUCAAACUCCAAAAGUUAUAUCCACAAGUGUGUCCCCUAGAGGUUAUUCUGCUGCUGGAUCUCCCAAGAAAACAUCAGGUACAACAUCUCCAACAAAACCUCUAUAUGAUGAAAGAACUUCAUUAUCUUCAUGGUAUCCAUCAAGCCAACAGUCAUCAGCUGCAAAUUCUCCCCCUCGUGCACGUUCACUUACAGGGCGCACUCCUCGAAUUGAUGGAAAGGAGUUCUUUCGUCAGGCUAGGAGUCGCUUAUCAUAUGAACAGUUCAGUGCAUUUUUGGCUAACAUCAAGGAAUUAAAUGCUCAGAAGCAAACUCGAGAGGAAACCUUAAGGAAAGCAGAUGAGAUUUUUGGGACAGAUAAUAAAGAUCUUUAUCUAUAUUUCCAAGGAUUGCUUAACCGUAAUGUUCACUAGAGUGUACAAGUUCUCUACUUGUGAGAUUUACACUAAUAGGUCAAUUUGAUCAGCUCUGUUCAGUGGAUUGCGGUUUAAACAGUUCCCAACUGCUAAGUCAAUGGUUUGUGAUUUAUUCUCUGUGCCAUAAGACAUGUUCAAAUGUAUUCAGCAUAGAUUCAAGUGGCUUAUGUAUCAGCAUACUAAGUUUUAGGAUUUGCUGUUCACCCCCUCCUUCCUCUUCCCCUCAUCAUUGUUGCAGGUCACCUGUAAAUAUCUGCUUUAGGCUUCUUAAAGGCACUUGUUGAGAUUGACCUUGCAAAUUUUUUUUUUUUUCUUGAACUGGUAUGUAAGUCGGCAAUUUUCUCCAAAUUCAGUUGAUACUUCUCUCUCUCUC